AUGUUUCCCCGUCAGCCGUAUCGUGGACUAUCCCGCAAAUUGGUUCUUGCCUUCGACGUAGGCACUACAUACAGUGGAAUUUCCUACUGUAUACUUGAUCCUGGAGAAGUUCCUAAGAUUGAGCCUGUAACCAGAUAUCCAGCCCAAGAGCACAGCGGAGGAAAUUCGAAAAUCCCCUCUGUACUCUACUACGAUUCAAAUGGAACUGUGCGUGCUAUUGGCGCUGAAGCACGACAGGAGCAUAUUAUUGAAAGAGCCGAUGAAGAAGGAUGGACGAAGCUUGAAUGGAAUUUGGCAGCCAACCAUAUCAACGACAAUGACAUCCCACCACUUCCACGAGGCAAAAAUGCCAUCGAGGUACUCGGCGACUUCAUGCAGUACCUCUUUCGUUGUGCACGCACCUAUAUCGAGGAGACUCAUCCAAGCGGAUCCAAUCUUUGGCGGUCACUUGAGAACCGCAUCGAAUUUGUCCUUACGCAUCCAAACGGCUGGGAAGGCCCCCAGCAGAAACAGAUCAGGCUAGCUGCCGUCCUUGGGGGUCUCAUUCCCAGCACAGAAGACGGCAUGGCACGUGUACAUUUGCUGACCGAGGGAGAAGCGAGCUUGCAUCACUGUGUCGCUAAUAUCCUGGGCUCAGAUGCGCUUUCAAAGACACCGAUACUUGUAACUGGAGAUGGCGAAGAUGAGGACACCUCGACCAGCCAAGGCGUUGUAGUCAUCGAUGCAGGAGGAGGGACCCUUGAUCUUAGCGCCUACUCAAUGACUUUAUCCCCGACGCUGAUCGAGGAGAUUGCUGCAGCCGAAUGUCGACUCCAGGGUUCUGUAUUUGUGACUCGUCGUGCUCACAGUCUUCUUCAAGAAAAACUUUCCGGCAGUCGUUUCGGCGCACCGGAUAUAGUCCAACAAAUGACGGACGUCUUCGACAGCACCACCAAACUUAGGUUCCGCAACCCGGAAGAUCCGUCAUACAUAAAGUUUGGUAAUGUCCGUGACAAAGAUCCUCAGCGCGAUAUUCGUAACGGUCAGCUUAAAUUGAGUGGACAAGACGUAGCAAAACUCUUUGAACCAUCCAUCAGCAACAUCAUCGAAGCUUUCGAAAUACAAAGAAAGGCCGCAGGCACUCCGAUCACAUUUGUAUUUUUCGUCGGAGGCUUUGCUGCGAGCGACUGGAUGUUCGCGAAGUUACAAAAGUACUUCCAGUCGCUUGGUAUUAGCUUCAGUCGACCAGACAACCAUACCAAUAAAGCAGUUGCUGAUGGUGCUGUGUCGUAUUUCAUUGAUCAUCUUGUAUCGUCCCGUGUGUCCCGUUACGCGUACGGCACUGGGUGCAGCGUCCCAUUUAACCCCUUCGAUAUGGAGCAUCGCGCCAGGCAAAAGCUAGGAACGCGGGUCUCUGAGCAGCAAGAAUUCAGUGAGACAUUCGCUAUCCGACGGUAUAAUCAGGCGGGGUGUAACCAAGUCGAUGUCGGCAUCAUGUCGUACAGGGGCAUCCUCUCCAAACCGGAAUGGAUGGAUGCAGAGCGAAACACAUCGAAAAUCGCCGAGAAACUCAAGCCCAAGCGAUCCACCGAAGGUCUCGUGUAUUAUGCGAUGGAGGUCAAAGUGGUUCUUCUCUUCGGUUUGACAGAAUUGAAGGCUAUGAUCAGCUGGGAAGACGAUGGUUACAGCAUCGGUUACUUACUCAGACACAGAUUCCCAGCACAAGAACACGUCGGAGGGGACUGCAAGAUACCGUCCAUCAUAUGCUACGAUCUAAAUGGCACUGUGCGUGCCGUAGGCGCCGAAGCAACGCAGGAACAUAUCGAAGAGGAAAUCGAAGAUAACGGAUGGGUGAAGUUGGAAUGGUGGAAGCUUCAUCUUCGUCCUAAAACGAUGGCGUCCUCUCAUAUCACAGACAACGACAUCCCGGCCCUCCCAGAGAACAAGACAGCCGUUCAAGUCCUCGCUGACUUCAUGCGCUACCUCCAUCAGUGCGCCAAGAGGUAUAUCGAGGACUCGCAGGCAAACGGCGCGGACAUGCUGCACUCCGUCGAGCACACGACCGAGUUUGUGCUCAGCCACCCAAAUGGAUGGGAGGGGGCACAGCAGACGCAGAUCCGCAAUGCAGCGAUCAUGGCGGGUCUCGUACCUGACACACCAGAAGGCCGGUCAAGGAUCCAUCUCGUCACGGAGGGCGAGGCGAGUCUUCACUAUUGCCUCAGUAGUGGUCUUGCCGCCGACGGAUUUACAGAUGACCAAGGCGUGAUCAUUGUCGACGCUGGUGGAGGAACGAUCGACGUCAGUGCGUAUCACAUGACAACAGCACCAUCCUUCGAGGAGAUCGCACCUGCAGAAUGUAAUGUGCAUGUUUGCUUAUGGGCCGCAGAGAAACUUCUUGGAUCACAGUUCGGAGCCGAAGAUAUGGUUACUCAUAUGGCCAAAAUUUUCGACACGACAACCAAGCUACGGUUUGGCAACGAGAGUGACCCCGCAUAUAUCAAGUUUGGUACUAUCAAGGACAAGGAACCUAGUUUCAACAUCAGGUCUGGGCAGUUAAAGUUAAUGGGGUCCGAUGUAGCAAAGUUAUUCGAGCCAUCCGCAGUGGGCAUAAUCGAAGCUAUUGAGAAGCAGCGCAACACUGCGACCAAAACUAUCAGCACCGUUUUCCUCGUUGGGGGUUUCGCGGCCAGUGAAUGGCUCUUCCUGCGACUACAAAACCAUCUAAGACCAUUGGAACUCAGUUUCUGUCGGCCUGACAGCCACACGGGUAAAGCAGUCGCGGACGGCGCCGUAGCGUUUUUCCUGGAUCAUCGUGUUUCUGCACGUGUCGCAAAGUUCACGUACGGUACACGUUGCGCGACACAAUUUGACAGGAAUGACCCUCAACACAAGCUACGUGCUAGUAUGGCCGUCCCACGCCCAUCAGGUAGGACCGUCCUGCCUAAUGCAUUCAGCGCAGUUCUGACCAAGGGCACGGUUGUAUCCGAGACGAAAGAGUUCCGCAAGGACUUCAUUACGGAGGUAGUAGACCGCUCUGCAUGCGGUAUGAUUACCACGGAGAUUGUGUGUUACAGGGGUGAGAGCCCCAAUCCGCGCUGGACAGACUCGGAACCAGGCAUGUUCUCGACCCUAUGCAAUGUGCACGCAGACACCUCGAAAGUGGCACGCACCAUCAGCCCGCGACGGGGUUAUGCUGGGCUGCAGUUCUAUCGCCAAGAGUUUAGUAUUGUCCUCAUGUUUGGCUUGACGGAGCUGCAGGCGCAACUUGCCUGGAAAGAAGAUGGGAUUGAACAAAGGUAA